CAAUAUGAGUAGUAGAGCGCGUUCGCUAGGUAAAGGACUUUGAAGAAGUAGCGCGAUGGCUGCCGUAUUGGUGAGAGAUGCUGGGUUGUUUUGCAUCACGUGCACUUUGGUAACGGCUGUUACUUGUCAGGCGCGGCAUGACGUGGGGGAAGGUGUGACUGACUCGUGCUUGAGUUUGCUCUUCGUGCCUCUGCUGUCUCUGUCACACAGCUUGGGACUGAUUCAACUGAUCUCAUCCAGGUGCCCAACACUCACCUCCUCUUCCAUAUUGUACAGAGUACCAACCCUUUUAUCUUGUUUGGGGCAAAUGCUGUUUAGCUCCAUGGAGACAUAGACAUUCGCGAACCUACGCGGCGAAAGCACACUCACCAUGGUCUCACAGUACCCUCUACGCCUACCACUAUACGGAAUCCCCGGGGGCGAAAUCACCUAGCACCUGCCCACGAUGGAGUGCGACAUCUGUGGGAAGGCUGGCAACCUUACAUACCCUCUACACUGCAUGACCUGCGCCCGCUCUUACCUCGAACAGCCCCGCAUCGAGCUCGCGAGGAGGCUGAUAGACCGCGAUGCAGUCGAGAAGCAUGUCACAGCAGUCGUUCAAGGCUCUGAAGAUAGGGCCAUUCAACAUGUCUCCCUGACAGACUCGAAAGGCGGCCUCCUAGUCGACCGGCACGAGUGCACAAACAACCUGAACUGGCAGCGGACAAAAGCAGAGACGGCAGAGAUCCAAGAACGCUUACAGCUCAUCUCAGAGCAAGCAGACCGCCUUCGACAGCACAUGGAAGCUACAAGGAAACAACUCGAGGCGCACCGCGCCGCGAACGCCCAGCGAAAGUCUGACCUCUCCUCGGUGACCUACGGCAUCGAGUCCCGACGCGCCAACGAGCUGGAUAAGGUCCAACAAAACAUAAAGAGACUUGAUUACAAAUCGGAAAAGAUGCACCACGACACUAUAGAGUUACGAAUGCAGCUGUGUACAACUGCGGCGAAGCUGGCUGGGCUGAAGCUGAAUAGACGGAAGACGAGGGAUGGGGGCACCAAGGACGUCUUCAAUAUUGGACCGGGGACGCGCCUCCGGAUAUGGGACCUUAGAGAUCUGAAUGAUGCUCCCCCUGACGGACUAUCCGCGUCACUAGCUGCCGUCUCUCAGCUCCUCGUUCGAGUGGCUGCCUAUCUGGGACUUCGCCUUCCUGCCGAGAUUACGCUUCCUCACAACGACUACCCUCAACCCACCCUCUUCAGUCCAGCUUCGUCAUAUCAUGGCAAGAAGGUACCGUUUCCCGGCUACACCCCUUCGCACUCAUCAAGCACGAGUCCAGAAGCCUCGCGUACGCUUGAUCCGCGUGUGCACCUCCCGAAGCCGCGCACCUUAUUCAUCGAUCGUCCUUUGAGUCACUUGUCUGCCGAAGAUCCACCUGCAUACUCAUCGUUCAUCGAAGGCGUGUCGUUGCUCGCCUACAACGUGGCCUGGCUAUGCCGAACCCAAGGCAUGAAGGACAGUUUCCAGCACUGGGAAGAUGUAUGUCCCGUAGGCCGUAAUUUGCACCGUUUACUGGUUGCACAAGAGACACAUGUCGUUCAGCGGCUCGAAAAUCCACUUGAUAAAGACAUGGUACCUGCAAGGUCAUCCAAGGCAGCUCUUAGGAAGACACCGGUAGGCUUCGGACAGCUGUCGCAUGCCACAUCACAUUCUUUUGUGAACCUUGCCGAGAAUGCGCAAUACCUUAGCGGCUGGAGUCUAUCGUGUACCAAGAUUGUUGACGAGCUGAAGGCAUUCUUGCUCGCUGAGCAGCAGGCGCAAGAAUGGGACGUGGUGAACCAGAAGGAGUGGGAAGACAUGGAGAAUCUCAUAGCCGAAGCUCCCGUGCUGGUGGGCGAGAAGCGGCGCGGGCAUGCGGGGCUUGCUGCUGAUGGGCGCAAUUACCUUGGUUUGGCUGCAACAAAGGGAAAGACGUCGACGUCGCAAAAGGCGGUUGAAUCUGAGGGGGAGCAGGGGGAGCAGAAGAAGGGGACAAGUGGGUGGAUGAAGCUCAAGAGUCGACCAGAAGAAUGA